CGAAGAAAGCGCUAACUUGGCAACACUGGCGGAGGAGGAACCCAUGUAAACAUUGGAGAUUGUUUUCCACCAAUGUCAAAUUUAUGACGUUUUUCUCAUGAUUUCGAGGAUCUGCUGGUGUUUUGGGUGCUGGAAGGUGGACGAGGGUGUUGUGUUAGUGUUGAAUUAGCAAGAAAUUCUUUAAUAAAACACCAGUGAUUUAGAGGAGAAGUUUGGAAUUCUGCAGUUAUCUUGAAAAAUGUCCUCUCACAAGUUUGAGCUGUUGGAUGAGGAGGUUGAGGCUCUCCUGGACCAAGUUGCAGACAAGUUAGAGUUUGCCAUUGGAAGAUGUAAGAGUCAGGAAGAAAGGAAACGUAUCUUGUCGGAAAUUGAGAGGUCCCUCAAUGAUGCAAGUGGUUCCCUGCUCGAGAUGGAUAUAGAAGCAAGAAAAGCCCCAGCUGAGUUCCGUGGGACAAUGGCAAAUAAAGUGCAGCGUUACCAAAAUGAAGUCACAAGGUACCAGGGUCGCCUAGAGCAAGAGAGGUCCUCACAGAUGGCAACGAGAGCAGCUCUCUUCAGUAAUUCAGACAGUAAUGACAACUUUGACAAUGAAAUUCGAAGACAGGUACAGCAAGGCACUGCCAUCCUGGAACGCACAUCAGCCAGUAUUGCACGUUCCACUGCCAUUGCAGUGGAAACAGAGAGAGUGGGGACAGAUGUUCUAGGGGAGUUGGGCACACAAAGGGAGACACUCACACGCACGAGAGACAGACUCAUAGACACAGAUGCGGAACUAAGCCGAAGCAAAAGGAUUAUCCGGUCCAUGUCACGAAAUGUCUUAUACAAUAAGAUUUUGUUGAUUCUUAUCAUUAUUCUGGAAUGUUGCAUACUAGGUGCAGUGAUUUACUGGAAGUUCUUCAUGAAAUGAGUACCGACUAAAGUAGUGAAUGCCAUCUUACCUUCCUCUUACACUAUCAGCUUAGUAUCAGAUACAGAAAUAUUCAUCUUAGGUUUUGAAAAGCACAUAUAUAGGAGUGCCAUAUUUCUUUUUAUUUCCCUGAUAAUGGACUGGCAGCGAGUCAAUUGCCUUGUCUGUCCUCACAAAAAUCACUUGGUCAUUCCAACACAGCCAUUACUCAUUUAGCCAUAGGAGCUGUGGUUAUGCCUCUUCUGCCUUUACCCAAAGAACAACAGCCUGAGAGUAAGUGUACAGUGUACAGACCUUGUACUCCUGUGUUGUUUACCAAAGCUUGUCAUGGUUAUAAGUUUCUUUUGAUACAUGCUUUGUUUAUAUAUAACUCUUUUUUUUUUCUCUUCUUUCCCCCUCCCCCUAUUUUCAUAUAUCUUUUGGCUUAGCAUUUGUAAGAUUUUAAGAAAUCACAGUUUGCAUGGUUGUUAUUUGUUGUAUUGUUUUUCCAAAGAUUUAUCAUAUAACUAUACCAUUCAGUUUCAUGGAACAAAGACAUAUUUAGGAGACUUUAAUGCAUGUAGAUUGCAAUCAAAAGUGAUUAGCUGAUUAUGGAUAGUAUUUUAUACCAAUAAUUUUUUGAUGUAAAGAGUUUUGUAGGCACUUAUUAUUUAUAUAGAAGAUUCUCAGAAUGUCUCGUAUAUUGUGUACAGUUAAGAUUUAGAGUGAUGACUAAUGAAAACGUGCAUUACUUUAAUAAGAUAACUGAUAAACUUAAUUCUGCAAUUUUUUUUUUAUGUACUGACAGUUUAUAGGUGUUUCCCUACCAUGAUAUAAGCUUCCUCAGGUGGCUUGCAAGUGAUGCCUUGGUCUUUCUCAAUCCUUUUGGGUCAUGCAAAGGAAUAUUUACCAGUCCUUUUUUCUUCCUGUAGAAAGUAAAUUUCAUAUUGGCAUAAAAUUAUAAGCUUUUUGUUGCUCUAGGGUUUCCACUGUAGUAUUUUUGCCACUUGCAGUCAGUGGACAAGUAACAGUGACAUAAUAAGGGGGUACACUGGACUAGGGACUUGUAUCUCUCUCUUCCUGUCUCCUGUAAUUUCCUUCUUCCCCGUAUUCUAUUCAGAUACUGUUAUUUAGUACUGUCAGCUAACCUAGGCAUUGUUAGUAAUAUUUGUAUGGAAAAUUGUAUAGUGGUAUUCUAAUUUGCAUAUAAAAAAAAUCAGUUGACAAUUCAA